AUGCUAACAUAUCUAGUACCAAACAAUUUAAUUCAAUGGUCUGAGACUAAUAGUAGCUCAAUUAUUGUUAAAUACAUUAAAGAUAAAUAUCCAUUUUUUCAAGAGGUCAAUAAUGACUUAUUAAAUUCAGAACUUGAGUUAUGGAUACAAAAAUGGAAAAAAUCAGAGUUAAAAGGUGAUAUAUUACCAAAAAAUGUUUUUGAUACUUUGGAUGCAUGUUGUGGGAUAAUCUUCCCAACAAUUAAAUCCUUGAUUUCUAUACUUGCUAGUUUGCCAAUUAGUACUGCUUCCGCUGAACGCAGCUUUUCGACUUUGCGCAGAUUAAAAACAUGGUUGAGAUCGCGAAUGGGCGAACAUAGGCUGACUGGCUUGGCUUUAUUGCACACGCAUAAAGAUAUUAUUGUAAACAUAGAAGAAGUAAUUAAUAGAUUUGCAAAUGAAAAAAAAAGAAACGUACAAUUAUUAUUAUAA